AUGGUUUCUGUAGGUUUGAGAACCGCAUUUAAUGAACAUUUAUUUGAAAAACCAGAACAAGAUGCAAACACAGCUUUAACAGAGCUAGACAAAGCUUCCGAUAAUAAUUAUCCAAAUCAUUCACAAAUUUUCAGGGUUACGCUCUGUGAGGCCAUUAUUUGUUUCCCUAGACUUUUUGAGAAGUACCCAUUCCCGAUUCUGAUAAAUUCUGCAUUACUAAAGCUGGAAGAGGUCUUCAGGUCAAGAUUGCAAGAUCUCUGGACUCUGGCACUGAGAACUUCGGGAAGUAUGGCAAUUAUCAUUUCUGAUCGGAAAUCAUUGCAUUACAGCAUUCGCGACAGUUUGGACAACACACAAUACUCCCCUGUCGAGUUAGAGGCAGCCAUCUACGCGGCAUCCAAGUUUGCCGCACAGUCUCGAACCUUUUCCGUCAACAUGUGCAGCAAAAUUGUCGAGAUGAUUCAGGGACUGGUCACACCUGUAAAUAUCAAGCUCAAGCUCAUCCCCAUCUUAUACAAAGUUGCUCUUGAUGGGGAAUCAGUGUUGCUACAGUUGCGACCGGUCUGUUGCAGCGAAAGCAGUUCAGCUACUUGUCCAACUAUAGCAGUUAUAUCUAGCAAACAAGAUUCUUGGUCGUCUUCAGUGCCCGAUUUAAGCCAAGACGCUGCCCUAGCUGUCGAAUCGCUCAUAUUGGGCCUCUGCUUGGCGGGAAAGACCGAAGAGAGGGAACUCAAGAUUGCGUUGACAUCAGCCGUCCAGCUGAGUCGUGUCGCCGGACCAGAAAUCAGGGACACCAUCAUUGAUUGCCUCACUCGCCUUUUGCUUCAAUCUUCCGGUUCCACGUUAGUCCUGCUGUGCCAGGCCCUGGCUGCCAUCGGAGACACCCAACCGUCCGUCAUUGUACCAGCAUUGGUUGACAUCAUGUCAAUGCUCAAGAAACUCACCGUUCAAAGCGAUCAAGAGUUGUUGGCAAUUCCUUUGUUGUGCGUUCUCAUGUUCCAGACGCACGCCUCUCAUUGUUGGUCUCAACAGGCCAGCGAAGUGGUCCACGAAGUCAUCUUUAGGGUCAACUUGUGGGUGGCUUUCCGAAUCGCCCGCUCUGCCACAAGAUACGGUCACCAUUCCAUUGCCCACAAUAUACUGGAUCCCUUGCUGGGUCACAUUUUGACAAAGCAUCUCUACUUUUGGAUUCAAGGAUUGCGCGAUUUCACCCUGGCCGAAUCUCACCUGAGUUGCGGCACUGGAUCCGAUGCUGUAGCCGUUUCUCUCAUAGAAAGAUUAGUGUUGGCCUCGAAGCUUUAUCUGCAAGGAUUGUCUUCACUGAAGGCAGCCACCAGCCCCGUUCUUCAGUUUCAAGCCGAAUUCGGCCGAUUGCGAGUCGAAUUCCUGUCGGCGUGCUCUCAACUUGUCCAGGCUUGUCGAACGCUUCAGACAGCCCCGCCGUCGGCCAUCGCUCACGCCGUAGUGGCUGCCACCCGAGAGAGACGAACUGCAGCGCUGCGGUCGAAUUACUCACCAGCUGAGGAAGUCGGUGUUGGUGCUCCGGCAGGUGGCCGAAGUCUGUCCAAGCUGGGACAGAGCGCCUUCGACGCCGACCAGGAGAGCCUCACGAAUUUGCAGCUAUAA